AUGCUGUAACUAUGCCUCAGGGUGCCCUUGCAACUUUGCUUUGCAACCUAAUGACUUUAUAGAUCCCUCUGGUUGAUUGGUCUCUUUUUAAUCAUCUGUUCUUCAUAAUGGCUGGUGAAAACAGAUAGAAUACACACACACACACACUGAGAUGUGUGUCAUGAAGUCCCUAAAACAACAGGACAACACAGACUUGGGAUAUGUAAAUAUGGGACUGCAGCCAAUGUGUCAUUAUACAAAUGAACAGAGCGACGUGAUGUCCUUAUGUUUCCUCCCUUUUGAACGACAUUAACACAUUUUACGAUGUUAUUAAAAUAGUUUGGGGGCAAAAUUAAAAACAUUAACACACAUGUAUCUUCUGUCACCUGCCAUAACAUCAUUAUUUUUUACUUGUAUCAGCCAGAAACUGAUAAGAUGUGACUCAUCAAGAAAGAAUACGUUACGGUGACGUGUCCCCGCCUGUUUACGAUUAGAAAUCUAAACUCGUAAUAAUAUACCGUAAAUCCAAUUAUUUACCCUGGAUAGUCGUGACAGGGGUUUUGCCCACUGUUUCAUUUUAGUGCUCAGUGUGGUUCACCAUAGCGUACGUAUGACAAAUGCGUAAAGACAAAUGUAAUACAUCAUUUGUAGACGUCUUGUGCGUUUACGCGUAAAUUGGGCGUUGACAUGUCAGGUCAUUAAAGAUGCUAACUAACUUAACCUACGGAUCAGAGAUGAAAGAUAACAUAAUUCCUUACCUGCGGCUGAAGUUUGCAGAGAAGACCUGGAAUGACACUUUUCAGCAUGUUCGCAAAUGCAUGGAAAGAUCCAGAGAUGAAUCCACUCCCUGUGAGCCUCUGGUUAGAUCCCUGGAAAGACUCCAGGAGGAGUUUACUGUGCCGUCCAUAAAUACAACCCUGUCUCGUCUUGAGAUCAUGGCCAAACAACAAGGAAUUGGCUUCCAUGUCACUGAGUCCACAUGCUACCUCACUGCUGACCUGUUUUACCUGGAGGUGGUGUUAGAGGCUUGUGGUGGAGUGAAGGAGGUAAAGUUGGCCCCACAAGGAGCCCCCCCCACUAUCAGUGAGCCACUCCUGCAGCUACUGAGGUUCAAAAACUUUGCUGGUUUCUCCAGGAAAUUAGCAGGCCUCUGUGCCCAGUACAACAUCCCUGGAGACAAUGACAUUAAGUUAAAACUCUUAAAAUCUCUACAAUACCUGAGGAAGGACUUGGAGCAAAUUUCACAUCUGUCAAGGCCACCAACAGACUGUGAACCAACAAAAGACCUGAUUAACAAGGGGAGAGUUGGCCUCGUGAUAGCUGGAAAAGAAGAUCGCCCUCUGACCAUUCAGUUCUUCAUCACAUCACCUGACGAUGAUGCCAAAACACAUGACGAGAAGCCGGUGAUCCAGGAAGCCCAGGUGACCGUGUGGGCCAGCGCCGUGUGCCACCAGCUACAGAUGUCGUCUGUCAUCCCUCAGCCUCCACAGCUGGAUCCUCAGGGUUCUCCAGUGUCCCUGCCACUGGACCAGGUGCAACACGAGGCGCUGCCGGCAUGUUUCCUCCUCAGACUGCAGCCUCCUGUUGUGAUGAAGGCGUCCUUUGUGAAGAAACUGAGUCUGAUCACAGAUGUAUCAGUACCCGAAGAUGACCUGCAGUGGGCGCCAUUACCCAGUCUUCUAGCGAGAGGGUCAUUGAGUGAAGAUGGCCACAAGGAGACUUUAGAGCGGGACAUAGUUUGCACCUCAUUUCCUGGUGACCUGAGACACCGUUACGUUCUCCCUGGAGCUGCCUGGGAUUCACCUGCACAGACGGCAGCAGCGGUGGACGGCGUUCCCUUCACACACCCUGCCCACAUCCCUGCUCUGCUGGAGCUGCUGCGCCAUCAGUGUGUCAUUAACACCCUGCUGAGGAGCUGCAUCAGCUCCAACAGAACCGCUGCAGUUGGUGACCUGCACUUUGAGGUCCUGCCAGAGUCGGACACCAGCUUCUCCGUGACCUUCAACCCUCCUGAGGCUGAUUCUCUGGCUGUUUUGCUGGUCCAUGUCUCAGGUUCUCAUCAGAUCUCCUGCAGCUUGUUUGGAGCAGGUACAGGAGACGUGAACUUGGAUCAGUACGUCACCACGAUCCUGACAGAGAACUUGUCCAUCCCUGUGACCUUGAGGACAUUAUACACCAGGCUCAGGGAGCUCACUGCCGCCCCACUCUCUCUAAGCCACUCUGCCAACACUCAGUCUGAAAACCAGCCCCCGGCUCCCUCCACCCCCCCUGUGAUGGACACCAACAGCUCCACAGUGCCUUUACCCCAGACUGCAGCUGUGACGGACGACAGCUCCGCCGUUGGUGGCUCGGCCUGCUUCACCAUGUCUGUCGCCAGCGCUGAGCUUCUGCCUGAAAAUAAAACCAGUCCUGUGAGUGUGUGUGUGAUGGUCAACUCUGAGCUGACCUAACACCUGACACCUUAUUGUGAUGCCAGUGUAUUGUGUUCAUGUGUGUUAAUUUUAGAUUUAAAUAAAUGCUGUUUACUUCAAAAAAAAAAAAAAAAAAAAAGCUUAUCACAGUGUCUGGAAAAGCAGUCGUCUGUGAAUUAUGAAGAUGCUGAGUAACCAACCGGGUUUGGUUUCUUUUCUUACUAUGCAUUCCAGAGUAGCAGGGAUGGCUGCCUGAAAGGGUUUGGGGUUUGGCUUUUGACCUCUCUCUCAGAACGCCAAGAUCACAGUUAGCUUGUGGCCUUGUGAGUUAAUCAGAGAUUGUAAACAGAGCUUUUUAUAGUGAAGAUAAAAACAAAAAAUCAUCACAUUUACAGAGAACAAAACUACGUUUGAAGAUAUUACAAAAACUCUGACACACCUUUCUCUUCUUACUGGAUCUACUCUUGGAGAAAAACCUAAACUGGUUUGAAGCCUGGGUUUCUUAAAUCUACAACAAGGUUCUUGCCAUAAACCAACCUUUCAGUUGAGGCUCCUUCACCAAAUUAUCGCCUCCUCAACGGUCUUUAAACCAAAUUCAGCAACAGGGCUGAGGAGACCCAGUCAUCCAUUUGUGGUCUAUGUCUCACUCUUGGGUCCAGGACGACAGUUGAGUGUGAUGUAGCUAUACAUCACGCUCCCUGUUCGCUACACCUGAUUGGCAUGAAGAAUCAUUCAACAGUUACUUCAUCGCCUCAAUUUUCAGACUCUGAGGAUUGGAAAUGUUCCCAGACUCGGGGUUUCUGACCCCUACACUUGGCUUCAAGACCACCACUGUUUAGAAAGUCCUUUUAUUGAAUGUUACCAACAGAUCGUCUGCAAAGAGGAAGAUAUUUUCCUAACCCCAAAGCUAACAGCCUGUGCUUCUUACUACCUGUAUCUAAACAUUCUGUCUACAAAGAGGACAUAAACAGGCAGCUGCGGAGUCCAAACCUUGUUGCCAACAGUUUUUACAUGGACUGGUUGUCAUCCAGCCAAGUUUUCUCUUAAUAAUGUGUGUCGGCCACAUUUACCAGAACCUCAAAUUAUUCUUCCCACUCCUCGGUGCAGGUCAACAGAGUUUCCUUCCGCUUCAUAAACUUUUUUCACAAUAAUGAGAUGACAUUUGCCGUGAAGGGACCUGAAUACCUCUGUGAAAUGGAAACUCUGCAAUUACAAAUCUUCUGGACACCCCUCUGCACACUUUUGCUUUUCCUGGGCUGCUGCCAAGGUGGCGACCAAUAUAGCGCAAAUACCAGCGGAGUGUAUAUCAUUAAAUCUUUGCCGUUUAAUUCAGACGAGCCAGAGUUUGCCGUCAUCACGCCAUAAAGUCAUAAUUUAAAUAUAACUUUCCAUAUGUCUGUGUGAACCUGCUGCAACAGGACUGUAUUUUAGAAUAUUAACUGUCAACAGCUGACAACUGCUUUUGUCCAGCGUUUGGUCAUAGAUAUCCAAUUACCUAUUUAAGGGCUUAUUAUAGAGAAAUAGUCCGACAAGUGUGGUCCGACUGGACUGUAUGGUCCCAGCCCACUUUAUUAGUUUUCUUCUACAAGAGCCACUUAGCAACUAAGUGAUUCUUUAAGAGCAGAUGUUAACUUUCACCUUUUUCACGUACAUUGGUUCAUUACAUCACUUGUUUUUGUUCCAUAAUUAUUACAGAGAUUAAUUAAAUGAGCUGCAAUGCUGCCAUCUAGUGCCUUUCACUUUA